AUGAACGGGUUUGUGGCGGAGCAUGGGGUGGGAGGUCAUGAAGGGGAAGGAGCAGCCUACCCAGGAGAACCGACAGGGGAAGGGAGAGGCUACGCGCAAGGGGAAGGGGGAGGAUACGCGACAGGGGAAGGGGGAGGAUACACGACGGGGGAAGGGGGAGGAUACGCGACGGGGGAAGGGGGUGGAUACGCGACAGGGGAAGGGGGAGGAUACGUGACAGGGGAAGGGGGAGGAUACGCGACAGGGGAAGGGGGAGGAUACGCGACGGGUGCAAGGGGGGGAUACGCGCAAGGGGAAGGAGGCGGAUAUGCGACAGGGGAAGGGGGAGGAUACGCGACGGGUGCAGGGGGAGAAUACGCGACAGUGCAAGGGGAAGGAUACGAGCAAGGGGAAGGGGGGGGAAACGAGACAGGGGUAGGGGGAGGAUACGCGACCGGCGCAGGAGGAGAAUACGAGACAAGGGAAGGGGAUGGGUACAAGGGCGAGGAAGGAGGCGAGGACGGGGGAGAGGAAGGGGGAGAAGACGAGGGAGAGGAAUGGGGGGAAGAAGAGGGUGAGGAAUGGGGAGAAGACGGGACAUGGGAACAAGGUGCAUACGCGUCGGGGGAAGGGGGAGUACACGCGACAGUGCAAGGGGGAGGAUACGUGACAGAGGAAGGGGGAGGAUACGGGACAGUGCGAGGCGGUGAAGACGAGGGAGACGAAUGGGGAGAAGGCGGGACAGGGGAACAAGGUGCAUACGCGGCAGGGGAAGGGGGAGUACACGCGACAGUGCAAGGGGGAGGAUACGAGGGAGAGGAAGGGGGAGAAAAUGGGACAGGGGAAGGGGGAGGAUACGCGGCAGGGGAAGGGGGCAGAUACGUCGUAAGGGGGGGGAAAGUCUAUGAGGAACAGGAAGGGGGGGAGUUUGCGGCGCAGAGUGAGGGAGGAUACGAGGCAGAGGAGGGGGGGAGAGUCAUGGCCGAAGGCGGGGAAGACGGUCGGGCGAGAGAUCCUGCCGAAGGCGAUGGUGCGCUGAAUGCAGCGGUGCGACAGGAGGCACAUGAAGGCGGGGAGGACGACGCUGAGGAUGAUGAUGUUGAACGUAUGCUGUACCCUGUCAGGCCGGUUGCGGAAGCAAGCCGUGGCUCCACGAUGGAUGAAAGUGCGGAGGAGGCAGCCGCGAUCAUGCGGGGCAAGGCCAAGUGCAUGGCGACCCUAAACAUGGAUGAGGGCGUACGGAAUGACGUGCCGUGCAAUGUCAAGAAGGCUGCAAGGAAACCCCGCUCUCUGCCAUCUUUCCACCCUUGCCUCCCUGCCAUUGACAGGAGAUGCACGGAGGAGGAGGGAGGGAGAGGCGGGGGUGAAAUCGAUAUGCCUUCGUAA